AUGGCGACCUCCAGCAAGUCCGCCCGUUCAGCCUCAAGUUGGGCUGAAUCUCCACCAAAAUCUUCCUCCCAUGUUCAUCUCGAUGGAAGAACACUCGAAGGAGGCGGUCAGCUCGUUCGAAUUGCCCUUGGACUUUCCGCAUUGACAGGUCGAGCAGUGACGGUCGAUGACGUCCGGGGAAAUCGUGGAGGGAGGACCGGCCUCAAGGCAUCGCAUGCAGCGGCAGUUAAAUUACUGGCCGAGAUCAGUGGCAGCAGCGUCUCAGAUGGCAAUGUUGGAUCAAAAUGUGUGACAUUCACACCACCACAAGCCAUUCCAGACGAGGACGAGCAAUUACCACCCACGACCCAACAGUCUCGAGACGUUCCCCUGGUGUCGUUGGAUACUCUCUCUGUAAAACCAGUGUACAACAUUCGAUUGACAACUCCGGGAUCCGUCUUUCUUAUUUUCCAGGCGCUGUAUCCGUACUUGUUGCAUGUUGGAUCGCGCGCAAUGACAGAAUGCAUCAGAGUGAACAUCGUCGGUGGCACGAAUGGGACCAGUUCUCCUUCCUAUGACUACGUUUCCCAGGUCAUAGCUCCGAAUUUUGCUCGCCUGGGUCUUCCUCCAUUCUCGAUGACUCUGCAGAAGCGUGGCUGGACGAGCGGCGUCGUGGGAAUGGGUGAAGUGAGCUUCUUUAUUCGUCCUUUACCGGAGCCCGAGCAGCAGCCUAUAGAAGCCGUGUCCACCUCUCGCUUUCCACAGAUCAACCUUAUGGUGUACGAGCGCGGGAAGAUCACUCACAUCACGAUCACCAUCCUUGCGCCAAAAGAUACUCUCAGUAAAGCAGGCGAAAACGGAGAGUCUCUGACUGUCGCCUCCUAUGCCGAGCACGAGACUCUUCGCAGGCUACGCAAGGCUUUGAAGACACUAGACCCAUCAAUCCUCGCCGAGCCAUCAGAGGAUGGCAGUCGUGUACCAAUUGACAUGUCUCCGACGGAGAUCACAUCUCAUUCCAGCCGUGUAUACAUCCUACUUGUCGCUCAUACCUCUACGGGAUUCCGAAUUGGCCAUGGUGCCUUGCUCGGUGAUAGCCGGGGAACUAAGCCCACAAAGAAGAAACUUGGAAAGCACCAAAAGUACAAGAAAGGUCAGGGACCAGGACCCAAGAAGGGUAGCUCGGAAGCACAUCUACAACGAGUCUCCGACAUGAUUGAUGACUGUGUGGAAGGAUUCAUGGAAGAGUUGUCUGAUACGCAGGAUGAUACACAAACAGACCAAGAAAGUGGAUCGACUGGAUCUCGAGCCGUGAAACGGUCCUGUCUAGAUUCCCACAUGAGAGAUCAAAUCGUCGUGUUUGAGGCUCUUGGAUAUCUUGGAGACAAAGUGGGUAUCACUCCAAGCGAGGCGGCUGCAGCCCUCGAAGAUGAGCGAUAUUGGACUCUCCAUACGAAGACGGCCCAAUGGGUGUGUCAGAAGAUGUUGCGAGACCUUCCCGAUAAUUAA